AAUGUAACAAUUACAGACUCUAGGAUGACAACUCUCGUCCACAAUUAUAAUCUGCUGUUCGCUGGCUUCAAUAUUAUGUCUUUAAUCUUAACGUUUGCAUUAGUUUACUAAUUGUCGAGGAUAUUUCUACCUUGAUAACAACUCAGUGUGAAAGGAGCAUGCAGGCUGAAACUCACCAACUUCACGAUGGCGGGUGCACACAGCGCGGGUUCAGGCGCGUACGGACACCUGGAAUAUAUCCCCGGACUACGCGCGCCGGACUGUAGAACUCGGAACCAGGAUAGGAGCUUUACAAAGAUGCUGCAGUCAGGAGUCAGGUACUUCGAGCUGAAGGUGCGACACCAUCACCGCGUCAGAAUACAGGCAACUACAAUUAUUGAGGAAUUUGAGGUACAUACCUUGCUACUUCAUUGAACUAGAUCAUGGUGUUUUGUCGAACUAGAUAGUUUAGUGUAAUUAACCAUGUCCAUGAAUUAUGAUCAUUGAUAAAAUACUGCCUGUUUAAUGUUUAUCUGUUCAUCAUUCCGUCCAUGUGCUCAAAAAAUGGUCCAGAUUGUAUCUUCAUAUUUUAAAAGCCACAAGAAUUUAUCUUUUCUCUAGACAAUAAUAAUGUGGCAUUACAAGGUACCCAUACUUAUGAUUUUGUAUUACGAUUUGGGUCUCAAAUCAAAUGUACCCUUGGUGACCUGAUGACUUAACCCUAAACUUGCAGAUUCCAAUUUCCCUUAAGAAGGAGAGGAGUAAAACAACAAAGAGAGACUUACCACUACGCACUGAAGACAUGGGAGGUGAGGAGGGAAAUGCGGAGAAACAAAAACGGAAAGUUAAGAAGAGACAAGUACUAAGCACUUCCGAGGAUGACUUGAUACACACUGGUAACAAUGACAUACUAAGUUUCGUCGACCAAGCAGACUCAAAACGGAUAAAAAGGAUGAAAAGAGACGCCUCCAUUGCCAGUGAGACACUGUACCUGUACCACAACGGCGCCUACAGUAAACCACUCUCCCGUGCUCUCACAGAGAUUGACUCCUGGCUAGGUUCGCACAGAAAUGAAGUGGUAGUCAUCAGACUGAGCAACACGGAUGAUAAUAACCACGAUAUUUCCUACCAAGUGUCAUCAAGGGAGAUACAGGCUUUCAAACACACCGGUUUGAACAUAAACCGGAAUCCCGCACUGGGACAGGCUGUACAGGCGAACAAGAGAGUUUUGCUCUUCCUGGAACAGAAGAAACAGAUAGGAUAUAACGAUGAUAGAGUUCACCGCAUUGUCAAGCUGGACACCACCAUUAAAGUACACGGGGACUGCGCAGAAACUACCACUUUGUACGCGAGAGAACGCAUGGAGAAAUACAACCACCAUAUCAUUCAGGUGGACUGGUACCACAGGUUGGGUGACACGUGUAACCUGUAUCUAGCAAGACUGUGUAACUCACGUGAGAUAUCACGACUACAGGAGGUGAAUAGUGCGCAGCUCAGGGACUACCACCAUCCUAUCAACGUCAUACUCAUGGACUUCGUGGAAGUAGGAGACAAAGGAAACCAGCUGAAUGACGAGGUACUCGAGAUAAACAAGAAAAACGUACAGCUCUGUAAGGCUUGAUAGUAUUUUAGUAUUUAGUUUGCACUAUUAGUUUGAGUUUCGUAGCCAAUUUCACGCGAGGAUUGUGGAGGUUGAAUUGUUAGGAUAUGGACUCUUUAAUUUUAAGUUUCUCUCUGAUCUUAGUAUGAACGAUAUAUUUUCAAGUAUAUGAUAGCAGUCCUAACUUUUAUCAUGAUAUUUUCUGGGAUGACUAGAUUAAACACUGCUA